UCCGUAGGUAGUUAAAUUUUUGGCACAGAAAAGUAGUGAAUUUAGCGUAGUUAGAUGGAGGCAAAUACAUUAAAUAAUAUUAGCUCGAAAGGUUCCCACGAGGAAUCAUCAAGAAGCUCAAUUGUGGGCCCUUUGAAUUUUGCUAAAGACACAUCCAACCUGGAACCUCCAACAUCGCUGGUGAACGAACGUACGGUACCAUGCAUGUUCUGCAGCAACAUCUACGAUUUCCACAGUCGAGACAAUGGCGUUGACCAAUACCUGGCCCACCUUUACCUCGUGCAUCGGCUCAUUGUGGGCGACGUGAAGGAAAUAGCCUGUCUCCCGAGCUAUUGUUAUUAUUGGAAGGACAAGUUUAGCAGCGAACCUGCGGAUAAAUAUUGUUCCUCCAUGCUGCUGAAUCAACUGCCGGACGGAACCAGCUCGAGCAAUGAAAAAUAUUUCCUUCUGAGCGAUAUUGAGCCCUUGGACUAUGAGCUUAGACAACGAUUGAAAAGGGAAAAGCUCGACCUGGUUCUAACACGCCACCAAUUCGAACGUACGGACCGAAAUUACCGUCGUGACUGUCUAUACUGUCGCGAUUUUCGUUCCGAAACACGGCCAGAGUUUAUUUCCCAUCUGUAUGCGAAACAUUUUCUGCUGCUUGGCAAAUCGGAGCAUCUGGUGUUCGUAGACGAGCUGAUUGAGAUUGUGCAGGAUAAGCUGAAUCAGCUGAUUUGUUUGUACUGCGAAAAGGUAUUUAAAGACCGGCCGACGCUAAAGGAACAUAUGCGGAAGAAAGGACACAAGCGGAUCAACCCGGACAAUCAUUACUACGAUCGAUUUUUCCUAGUCAACUAUCGGUUAAAACAGAAGCCAGAGUAUGUCCCAAUCGCCAAGCGUAAAGAAGAGAGCAGCGUUUUCAAUUCAGACGAAGAUUCCGAUUCGGACUGGUCCGAUUGGAACGGGGAAGAGCAAACCACGACCUGCCUGUUUUGUACACACUCGGAAGCGAACAUCGACAAACUGAAGCAGCACAUGGUGGAUAAACAUUCCUUCGACUUCACACAGACGGUUCAUGGGAUGAGUUUCUAUCAGCGUGUGAAGGUGGUAAACUUCAUCCGUCGCCAGAUGCACAUCCGCAAAUGUAUCGCAUGCGAGCAGCAAUUUAACGAUUAUAAAAGCCUUUGCGAACACAUGGACGCUGAGGAGCACUACCGGCUCAGCAAGGAAUCCAGUGGCUGGGACCAGCCGGAGUAUUUCUUCCCCACGUACGAGGACGACCAGUUCCUGUGUCAUCUGGAGGAGAUUGAUAAUGAAGAGCCUACCACGUCGGAAGAGGAUGGAUCGAUAGUUAUUUCGGAAGAUUUCAAUGCCCGCAUCAAUAUCGAUGCGGAAUCGUUAUCGUUGGAAAAUUUUAGCUUACAAUGAAGAUAAUGAAGAAUACAACCAUUCGCUUCAGUUUCUAAAAGAAAUAAAAUACAUUUAUUAUUGAUUGAA